AUGGUAAUUACAAGAUUAACCCGAUACAAAAGGAAAAAACUGACCCGAUCCGACGAACCAAAAAGGCGCGUGGCAUCUACUUCCUCGGCUCAGCUCCAAAACCUCGCCGCCUCAGCCUCACGCAGAUCCUCGUCUCUCAAUCCCACCCGUCGGUUCGUAACCUCCUCGGCGUCCUCCCCUUCGUCGACGCCGUUGGCCAAAUCCGCGCCUCCCUCUUCCCCCCACAUUGCCUCCGCUUCCACCUCCGCUCUCAAGAAAAACCGUCAAGAAGUUCAUCCGGCUGCUACCGGUCACGAGCUUGAGGAACUUGCUGCCGAGCUUGAGGGAAGGGACGUUCUUGAAAUCAAUUAUCCUGUUGGUCCCUUCGGUACCAAGGAAGCACCUGCAAUUGUCAAGUCUGUCUAUGACAAAAGAAUAGUUGGAUGCCCUGGUAUUGAGGGAGGAGAAGAUGAGCACGAUGUCGUGUGGUUUUGGCUGGAGAAAGGAAAGAUAUAUGAAUGCCCUGUCUGUACCCAAGUUUUUAAGCUGGAAGUGGUUGGCAAAGGAGGUCCUCCAGACGGUCAUCAUUGAUCCGCCCGACAAGUUUCUUGCACAAAUAAAAAUUUGAUUUACGCGACGAGGAGGCAGUUUUUUAUACUGUGUAGUUUCAAUAAUUCGUUUUUGGCUUGUUUACCGUAGUUCUUAAGAGAUUGUGUCCGACCGAUGUUUCAGUCGGUGAUAAUUUUGGUUUCAUGGUCUGUUCAUUGGAAUUGGAUUCUUUUGAGUCGCUAAUAUUUUUGAAUUGUGUCCGAAGAUCAAAAUAAUCGUGAAUACAUUGUUUUUCAAAGAAAAA